CUCCAAUAACUCCAAACCCCCCCCCACUCAGCUCUUUCUUUGUCUGUCUUGGUUUAACUUUUGGUUAGAUUGUCUGCCCUUUUGUCUCCUCUAUUUACCUACUACUCUACUCGACUUAUAUACGGAGUAUAGGACACCCUUUCAGGCUGCACAAGAGAAACCACUGUUGCAAAGUCUUGACGCCACACUGUCUGGUGUCAGCCUUGCACUUGACACUUGAGAUUGAGAGGAGAGAAGCAGUUGAGAACGGGGCGUCUGCCUCCCCAUAUUCGUGGAGAUAUAUCGCGCCAUUACUUCCAUGGCACCCCUCCUGUUACGCCCUCGACAGAGCCUCUCGAAAGAGAGGUUCUCUGGCUAUUUUGGAUCCCUCAAACCCCAGCCCUACCAUGAUCCCAGCGCCUUGUCCAGGGGGGCGACUCCCAGCAGCAUUCGAUCAAUAGCAUGGAACCCUCUGGGUAAUUUGAUUGCCACUGGAGCUUCAGACAAGACCCUGCGUGUCUGGAACCCUGAGAAACCCAAUGCCCGGUUCUCAACAGAACUCAAAGGCCACAUGGCCUCAAUACAGAAAGUCGCAUUUAACCCUGUCAAGGACGCAGAGCUUUGCAGCGUCAGCGAUGACGGGGUCGUCAAGUUCUGGGAUGUCAGGACCAAGGCUUGUGUGAAUGAGGUCAAGGGCCUGGGCGACGCUUUCACGUUGGUAUGGGCGCCAGAUGGCGAGUCAUUAAUCGUGGGGAAUAAGAGCAACAACCUCUUCGUGCUCUCUCCAAACCAGUCAACUCCUCUCCCUUCUCAUCAACAGGCGGUCCAAACGAACCAGGUAGCUUUCUGUUGGAGUGGAAAGAAAAUAUUUGUCACCACGGGCGAGGGGACGACGCGGAUACUCUCAUAUCCGGACUUCGAACCAGUUUUGCGCCUAAACCACCCCAUGGAAGAAGGCAAGUCGGAUGAGUUCGUGCUAACUGGACACACCUCGUCCUGCGUUACGGCAGAGCUGCAACCAACGGGGCGCUAUCUCGCUACUGGUGGAACCGACUCCAUCAUUGCUCUCUGGGACACCACGGACUGGCUCUGCCAGAGGACCGUUACCAGGAUGCUUGGACCUGUGAGGAGCAUCAGCUUUACUUUCGAUGGUAGCUUCGUAGUAGGGGGUAGCGACGAAGGUGCUGGACUGGAGGUCACUCAUGCCGAAACCGGAGACCAUGUUCACAGCUUUAAGACGGCUGGCCCAUGUCCCGUCGUUGCGUGGGCACCUACAAGGUAUUGCCUAGCAUAUAGUGAUGUUGGAGGGUUACGCAUCGUCGGUGUAGAUGCGGGAGGGAAAUACUGAUGCAUGGGUAUUGGCACCUAUUGUAUUAUCAUACGACGGGAUUUAGUGUAUUUCAUAGAUAGCGGUCAACAACUACGACCCUCUUCGAUAGGAGUGAAGCUGAAGUAUGAAGGAGGUUGGGUGAUACGUCUAAUAUUGG